GUACUAUGUGCAGGGAGUGUGUCGGGAGGGCAACAAGUGUCUGUUCUCACACGAUCUGGCUACAAGCAAGUCCUCCACUGUCUGCAAGUACUACCAGAAGGGACAGUGUGCCUAUGGCACUCGGUGUAGGUAUGACCACGUCCGUCUGCCUGCGCCGGGGGCAGCCGCAGCCCUGGCAGCUCCACAGAGCCCCCGGCAGCACCCCCAGCACGGCACCACCACGCGCAGGAGGGAGAAGAAGACACUGGUGCUCAGGGACAGAAAUCUGUGUGGCUCCAAUGAGGAGAAGCAGCAGCCCAGUGCCCCCAGCGACGUGGUGUGCUGCAGCAACCACGACGACAGCCUGGAGGUGAAGCCCCACUCCUACCUGGAAGCCAUCUGCAGUGGGCUGGAAGAGGCUGUGGCUGGGAGCUCGCAGGGGGCCGGGGAGCAGCUGUGCCCGUACGCGGCAGCAGGGACCUGCCACUUCGGGGAGGGCUGCCUCUACCUCCACGGCGACGUGUGUGACAUCUGUGGGCUGCAGGUGCUCCACCCCUUCGACCAGGAGCAGAGGAAAGCUCAUGAGAUGAUGUGCAUGGCAACAUUUGAGCAUGACAUGGAGAAGGCCUUUGCCUUCCAGGCCAGUCAGGACAAGGUGUGCAGCAUCUGCAUGGAAGUGGUGUAUGAGAAGCCAUCUGCCUCAGAGAGGAGGUUUGGGAUCCUCUCCAACUGCAACCACACGUACUGCUUGUCCUGCAUCCGACAGUGGAGAUGUGCCAAACAGUUUGAGAAUCCCAUCAUCAAGUCCUGCCCGGAGUGCCGAGUGAUAUCCGAGUUUGUCAUUCCCAGUGUGUACUGGGUAGAAGACCAAGAGAAGAAGAACGAGUUGAUUGAAGCGUUUAAGCAGGGAGUGGGGAAAAAGCCCUGCAAGUACUUUGAACAAGGGAAAGGAACAUGCCCAUUUGGAGGGAAGUGUCUUUACCUCCAUGCUUAUCCAGAUGGGACACGAGCUGAGCCUGAGAAACCAAGGAAACAGCUGAGCUCUGAGGGGACUGUGCGGUUCUUCAACUCCGUGCGCCUGUGGGACUUCAUUGAGGACAGGGAGAGCAGGACUGUCGCCAGCACUGACGAGGAUGUCACAGAACUUGGGGAACUCUUCAUGCACCUCUCUGGGGCUGAGGAGGAUUCUGCUACUUCUCAGUAA